AUGACACAGGUGAGGGCUCUGCAGAAAAUCAUGGCCCUUUCAUCUGCCAACAGCUUAGCUGCUUUGAACAACUCUGACACGCGUAUGACAGGCUGCCUCCUCACUGGCAUCCCUGGGCUGGAGCACCUGCACAUCUGGCUCUCCCUCCCCUUCUGUGCCAUGUAUAUAGCUGCCCUCGCAGGCAAUGGCAUACUAAUUUGUGUCAUCCUCUCUCAGUCAAGCCUGCAUGAACCCGUGUACAUAUUCCUGUCCAUGCUGGCUGGCACUGAUAUCCUGCUCUCCACCUCCACCAUGCCCAAGGCUCUGGCCAACUUCUGGCUCAGUUCUAGCCAUAUUUCCUUUGACGGCUGCCUCACUCAGAUGUUCUUCAUCCACUUCCUCUUUGUAGCAGACUCUGCUGUCCUGCUGACCAUGGCCUUUGGCUGCUAUGUGGCCAUCUGCUCUCCUCUGCGAUAUGCCACAGUCGUCACGAGCACAGUCAUUGGGAAGGCUGUUACUGCCUUCCUGACCCGCAGCUUCAUCAUCGUGUUUCCAUCCAUCUUUCUGCUCGACCGCCUGCACUAUUGCCGAAUCAACAUCAUUGCACGUACCUUCUGUGAGCACACGGGCAUUGCCCGUCUGUCCUGUUCUGGUAUCUGCAUCAAUGUCUGGUAUGGAUUGGCAGCUGCUCUUCUCUCUACAGGACUGGACAUCAUCCUUAUCUCCGUUUCCUAUGUCCACAUUCUCCGAGCUGUCUUCCGCCUCCCUUCUCAAGAUGCCAGGUCCAAGGCCCUGAGCACUUGCGGCUCCCAUGUCUGUGUCAUCCUACUCUUCUACAUCCCUGCCCUUUUUUCUGUCUUUGCCUAUAGGUUUGGUGGGAGACGCAUGCCACCCUAUGUCCAUAUUCUCCUGGCCAACCUCCAUGUGGUCAUCCCACCUAUGUUCAAUCCCAUUAUUUAUGGAGUGAGGACAAAGCAGAUUUUGGAAGGGGCUAAACAGAUGUUCUCAGAUUUUACCAAGGAAUCUAGAUAA